UGGCUCAUACACGUGCGGGAAAAGCUGCCAGACGACGUGCAACCGUCACUGUCUGAUCCGUGCUGUCACCAUCACUCUUCUGAUAGCUUCAUUUUUCGGAGUGGGACUUUGUAUCGCCAUGUAUGUCUCUGCCAUAAUGAACAACAAUACGCCUUCGGAAAAAAUCGAUGCAUCAGCUUCACCCGGACGGAUGACUGGAAUAACUUCCGAAGACGCAUCGCCACUUUUGGAGACAAGUACCCCUCCUUGGUCAGCCGGCCCACAGGUCAUCAUUGCUCCGCCUAAUAUGACGGCUACAGGGGCAGAGGUGACGGCUACACCGCCAAAGUCGACAGCUACACCACUAAGCGUUGCAGCUACACCUCCAAAGGCGACAGCUACACCAUCAGAGGCAACAACUAUGAUGCAGGAGGCGACAACUGCGCCACCAAAAGUGACAACCACACUGCAACAGGCUACAACUACACUGCCAAAAGUGACAACUACACCGCAACAGGUGACAACAACUCAGACGACAACUACUCAGACGACAACUACUCAGACGACAACUACUCAGACGACAACUAUUCAGAUGACAACGACAACGCAAGAGGUGACAACUUCACUGUCAGCAACGACUUCAUUUCAAGAGAAGACCACUACAUUGCCUAAGAAGACAAUCAAAGCACUUGAGUCAGCAGGUAUUAAUUGA